AUGCAGCAGUGUAGCCUGGGCAUCUCAGAGACCCUGAGACAAGGAGGCAGGUGCGCGGCAGGGAGAAGCCAGGGCAGCGGAACGGCUGCCCGGAGAAGCCUGGCCCUGCCGUCUGCACUGCCCGCGGAGCUGAGGGCCUGGCACGGGUUCGCGCUAGGGCCCAGCCGGCACCUCCACCAGCGCCUGUUCCGGAGCAGCGCCAAGGCCCAGCCUGGGAGGGGGAAACUCGAGCAGCCCCUCCCUGCCCCGCCCCAGAGAGGCGCCUCUGCAGUGGGCUUGCCCUCUGUCCACGCCGCACUGCUUCAGAACAGCGUCCAAAGCCAGCGUUCUCCCCGGAAAGGUGAUGUCUGA